CAUCAGGCAAACAUCUGCUCUCGCCUGACCGCAACAUUUGUUCGUUCUCUGUCCUACUCUGCCACCCUCUCCCCUUCCCUCCUUGCUUCACCUUCUCUCAUCUCAUCAUCAUCACCACAGACUUUAUCAAAGGACUAUAAAAACCUAUUUAAAUGGCCAAGCCCCGCCCAUGCUCCUGUGACUGGCGGCUCCCUACCUGUGGGCGGGCACUGCCACCCUGAUGUGCAAUUGGCUACUGCUAUCCUUCUGUCCUACCUAUUGUUCUGCUGCUCGGAGAUCUGCUGCUGAUGCUACCCUAUUUUGGGGGAAAUGUUGCCAAGGACGGGGGUUAGCUAACUGCCCCUGUGGAGGGUUAGGAUGAAAAACCUACACGCGAUCUCACCUUCCCAGCCUGGGACCUCCAGCGGUAUAGAGGGGGCACCCUGAGGGGCACAGAUUCAGCAUCAUGGGCAGUCAAGGAGACUGCACUGUCAGGGUGGCACUGAGGAUCCGUCCUCAGAGCAGUAAGGAACAGGUUGAAGGAUGUCAUAUAUGUACAUGGGUAUACCCUGGAGAACCCCAGGUACUUCUGGGUAAGGACAAGGCCUUCACUUAUGAUUAUGUGUUUGACACGGACACUGAACAGGCCAAAGUCUACGAAAUUUGUGUACGUGGCCUGGUGGAGGGUUGCUUCCAGGGCUACAAUGCAACCGUUUUGGCAUAUGGUCAGACAGGCGCAGGAAAGACACAUACAAUGGGCAGUGGUUUUGACCUUGUGGUCAGCGAUACAGAGCUUGGUAUUAUACCGCGUGCUGUCCGACAACUCUUCAGCACAAUCCAGGAAUGCACAGCUGCAGCUUGUGACAAUGGGCGGCCCGAGCCAACCUUCAAAGUCAGCGCACAAUUUCUAGAGUUAUAUAAUGAAGAAAUUUUGGAUUUGUUUGAUGUUUCCCGUGACCCAGACUCUCGGCAUCGAAAAUCUAACAUUCGGAUCCAUGAAGAUGCCAGUGGUGGUAUUUAUGUUAGUGGAGCAAGUACUCGCAGUGUUAGUUCGGAAGCAGAACUUCUACAGCUCCUUAAGGAAGGUGCACUCUCCCGUACCACUGCCAGCACUCAAAUGAAUUCUCAGAGCUCACGCUCUCAUGCAAUUUUCACUGUCCACCUGCACCAAACACGUGUUUCAGAGUCAUGCCCGGCAAAUUCAUCAUCUCUGGAGUAUGAGACACUUACUGCAAAGUUUCAUUUUGUUGACCUUGCUGGUUCUGAGCGCUUGAAGAGGACCGGUGCAACUGGAGAGAGGGCAAGAGAGGGGAUUUCAAUCAACUGUGGCCUGCUGGCCCUAGGAAAUGUGAUCAGUGCCUUGGGUGAUCAGAGUAAGAAAAUCCUCCAUAUUCCUUAUAGAGAUUCUAAAUUGACCCGACUGCUUCAGGACUCACUUGGAGGUAACAGCCAGACCAUGAUGAUAGCCUGUGUCUCUCCAUCUGAUCGAGAUUUCAUGGAAACAUUGAAUACUUUGAAAUAUGCCAACCGAGCUCGUAACAUCAAGAACCGCGUUACAGCUAAUCAGGAGCAGAGUGGUCAACAAGUGCAGGCAUUGAGAGCAGAGCUGGCACGGCUACGGCUAGAACUGCAGGAGUACAAGACUGGUCACCGUGUACCUGGUUCUGAUGCUCUUAGUGAUAUGUGUGAAGAACUGUCUAUGCUGCGCAGUGAAAAUUCAUCAUUGCGGCUACGUGUUACUGCUUUGCAAGAAGCCAUUCGAGCCAUUAACGCCCGUGUCACCCGAAUGGCUGGACAAGAGGCUGCUCGUCUGUUACAAAGGGCUGGUGACAGCAAUGAGGAGAUACAAGCUCUGAUACAGAAUUAUAUUCAUGAGAUAGAAGAACUGAGGACACGAUUGGUGGAGAGUGAAGCAAUGAAUGAAUCUCUGCGUCGCAGUCUUUCACGAGCAAAUGCACGCUCUAUACAUGCUGGACCUACAGCCCCUACUCCUUCAUUGGAAGCUCAAGUCAAUGAUGUUGUCCGCAGAGCAAAGGAGGAGGUACAAAGUCUAAGGAAGAAAGGGAGCAUUUUUCUCAAACAUCGGAACAUCGAUGAGGAAGAUCAGGAACAUCGGAACAUCGCAACGUUACUUUUUACACCCGAGACAGCCACCAGCCCAGAAGUGAAUAACUAUAAAAAGAGAGAGAAACACCAUUUUCAAAACAGUGAAGAAACAGAUGAAAAUGAAGGAGAAGAGGAAGAUGAACAGGAAGAAAGUGAGUGUGACGAGGAGGAGAGUGAGGAAACCGGGGACAGUGAUUCUGGGCCAGAGGAGAAAGGUGAGAAAGUAUAUGAGAAUGCUACAUUUCAGAAGGACAUUAAUGAGAACAUUAACCUUGCUCUAAAAACCUUCCUAGGCUCCCUCGGAGGUGACCUAGCUGACCUGACCUGUGAGAUUGAGAUUAAACAACGGCUCAUUGAAGAGUUAGAACAGAGUCAGCGUCGGCUGCAAACACUUAAACUUCAGUAUGAGGAGAAACUUCAGCAGCUACAGAGUAGAAUUCGUGACACACAGCUGGAGAGAGAUCGGGUGCUACGGGAACUAAGCUCUAUGGAGUGUUAUACAGAAGAGAAAGCAAACAAGAUUCGUGCUGAUUAUGAGAAGCGAUUGCGAGAGAUGAACAGGGAUCUGCAGAAGCUGCAGCUAGCUCAGAGGGAGCAUGCGAGACUCCUCAAGAACCAGUCCCGCUAUGAAAGAGAGCUACGCAAGUUGCAGGGAGAGCUCAGUGAUAUGAAAAAGGCUAAGGCAAUACUUAUGAAGCAGAUGCGUGAAGAGCAGCAGCGAAGAAAACUUGUAGAGUCCAAGAGGAAUCGAGAGAUUGCUCAACUAAAGAAGGAACAGCGCAGACAAGAGCUUCAGAUCAGAGCGCUAGAGUCUCAGAAGAGACAGCAGGAAAUAGUGUUGAGACGCAAAACACAGGAGGUAUCUGCUCUUCGGCGUCUAGCUAGGCCAGGCCAAGAUCGUGCUGUCAGUCGUAUAGCCUCACUUCCAGACUCUGGAGCAGAAUUGUCCACAAGUACUACAUCAUCAGAGCACGACAGCAGCUCACGUUCUGUGUCCAGCAUUGUACGACAGUGGAACCGCAAAACAACCGGAGAAACAGUGCCUGUGGCCAAUGGAAGCCGAACUGUGAGGAGGAAGGUUGGUCGUCCAGGACUGCCGCUUAGUAAGGCUGCUCGUAUGAAGUGGCAGACUCUGGAAAGGAGGGUUCAUGAGGUGGUCUUACAGAGGCUAACUCUACUAAACCUGGAGAAUGAUAUGGAAAGACUGCUGCGGAAACGCGAGGAGCUUUCACUCUUUCAAGAGGCAUUAUUAAGCCGUUUAGUCAUUCCUCCAGAGGAGGGUAGUGGGGAAGAGCGGGCACAACAAGAUGUAGCAGAGGAAUUAGAAGCUUUGGCAGCCAAUAUUGAUUAUAUUAAUGACAGCAUUCAUGAAUGUCAGGCUACGAUUGUACAAAUGGAGGAGACAAAGGAGGAUCUGGACUCAACAGACACUUCAGUUGUCAUAAGUUCCUGUUCAUUAACAGAAGCACGUCAUCUGCUUGACAACUUCCUACGUGCAUCCAUAGACAAGGGCUUACAGGUUGCCCAGAAGGAAGCUCAGAUCCGGAUACUAGAAGCUCGGAUUCGUCAGACUGACAUAACUGUAUUCUCACAAAGUCAGAUGGUGCUGGAGAGAUCUGAAUGCCAAUCCAUGCAGAAUGAGAAUGGAUAUGCCAGCACAGAUGAGGAGGUGUCAGAACUCAGUCAAAUGUCAGAUGGAAGUGCCUCUCUUUCUUUCUCAAUGAAAGCAUCGAAUAGUCAUGAUGACUUUAAAUGGAAGGGAGAACCUCGUCUUUCAUGGCAAGUGAAGGCUGUAUCUGCAGAAUCCCUUAGUCCACUACUAGAGGCCUCCUCCAAAAAUAUUACCAAAUCUUUGGCAUCACUGACUGAUAUUCUAGAAGACGUUGGGGGAUUUUCUGCUGGUUCUCUGCGGGGCAGAGGGUCGCACAGUUUUACUUUGCCAAUACGCGGGAAUACCUUUCCAAGACAGUCCCGGGUGUCUAAUACAUCCCCAUUGACCCGCAGAAAAUCCUAUGACAGAGGACAACUCAGGGCUCCGGACUCGCAUUUGACACCCCCUUCUUCGCCUCCAUUGCGUCCUCGCAAUGACAAAAAUGUAUUUUCCCGAUUAACAAGCAACCAAACCUCAGGGACUGCACUGGAUAAGUCUGAUGAGAGUGACUGCUCUUUCUCUGAUGUUUCCAGGGGUCUGAUUAGCCCUGUAGGAGGAUUAAAAGGUGCCAGAACAGCCCCACUGCAAUGCGUAGCUGUAGCAGAGGGGCAUACAAAGCCUGUGCUCUGUGUAGAUGCUACAGAAGAACUAUUAUUUACUGGAUCAAAGGACCGCACCUGCAAGCUGUGGAACCUCGUCACAGGUCAAGAGAUGGGAUCCCUCCGUGGCCAUCCUCACAAUGUGGUAUCUUUGAAGCAUUGUGCUAACACUGGGUUGGUACUCACUGCAUCUGCUUCUUGUGUUCGGGUCUGGGAUAUCCGUGACUCUGCUCGCUGCGUACGAACAAUAAUGUCCUCAGGUCAGGUGGUCUCAGGAGAUCCAUACUUGGGUCUGGGACUUCGCUCUGUCAGCAGUCAGGGUGAGCUGCAAGUUAACCAAAUUGCUCUGAAUCCCGAGGGAACAACUUUAUAUGUGGCUGCUGGCAAUGCAGUGAGAGCCUGGGAGCUGGGCAGGUUUCAACUUAUCGGUAAACUAACGGGUCACAUGGCUCCUGUCAUGUGUUUGACAGUCAGCAACACACCGAAUGGGCGAGACCUAGUUAUUACUGGAUCCAAAGAUCAUUAUGUGAAGAUGUUUGAAUUGCCUUCUGGGUGGGGAGGCAGCAUUCCCCCCACCUAUAACCUGGAGCCUCCGCAUUAUGAUGGCAUUGAGUGCUUGGCUGUACAGGAUAGCAUUUUAUGCAGUGGUUCCAGAGACAACGGCAUUAAAAAAUGGGAUCUACCCAGACAUGAGCUCAUUCAGCAAGUCCCCAAUGCGCAUAGAGAUUGGGUUUGUGCGUUGGGCUUUGUGCCAGGACGUCCUGUGAUGCUCAGUGGUUGCCGGGGAGGUACUCUUAAAGUUUGGAAUAUGGACAAUUUCACACCAAUCGGGGAAGUUAAAGGUCAUGAGAGUCCUAUCAAUGCCAUCUGUGCAAACAGUCGUCAUCUCUUCACUGCAUCCAGUGACUGCCGGGUCAAGCUUUGGGUCUAUGUUCCUGGUCUUACUCCAUGUCUCCCACGACGUGUUCUGGCAAUCAAGGGCCGUGCUACUAGCCUUCCGUAACCUGUCCUUCAUCUCUCACCUAUCCAUCCUUUCUCCAACUGCCCCCUUUAUUACCAACGCCUUUCCACCCCCUUCAUUUAAGUGACCUCACAGUGAAGAUGUGGAGUGGGAGAAGCAGUUUUAUCCGGGUAAGGUGACUUCAGCAGCCUUCUGGAACUCUGUCUGGCCAGGAAUAAAAGUACAUUAUGCUAAAGCUAUUUUGCCAUUUACUUCCUGGGAAAUAACACCUGACUUGACAUUCCAAUGGACACCUUUACAGCUGGCUGUGUUUCCACUACUUCCAUUUUUCAUUGAAGAAUGGAUUUUCCAUUAAAAUUACACCAUAUAGGGUCAGAAAUUGUUACUGUUGUGUUGAGUAGAAAACCAUAGAGACAAGUCAAAACAGUUAAAGAAAAAAAGAGGAACAAGGUGCGAGAAUACCCUAACAAUUUUGUUACUACAACCGCCUUCCUUCUGUCAACAUCUUCACAGCAUGCGACACAUCACAGAAAUUACUCUUUAUUACGAACCUGGACCUUGUCUACUUUGCCUUAGUGUAUUUCCACAGUAUGUUCUUUUUAAUACCCAGGAAAGCCCUAUAUUACUAACCUGCAAACCUGCACACUCCUGCCCAGCUGCCAGAUGCAUUGCAUCUAAGAAAGUGCAUAUUUACCAUCAAUUGAUUGAAAAUGUUCAGCUAUUAUAUAAGCGGAAAAGAGGAGAGGAGGCUCAUUAAAUGGGAACCUCAAAUGUAUACCUCUAAAAAUCCUACCUCUUGGACUUAAUGAUAAAAUGCUAUAUGAAGACCACUUCCCAAGUUUCUGAGUUAAGUUGUAAAUGAAGGGUGUACUGGCAACAAGGGUUAAUGGGAGUUGUACAAAGUUGUUAAAUAAUUUUAUUUAAAGCACAAUUUCUACAUUUUGUCUAUGAGCGCCAAGUGUUAAAUGUUUAUGUGUCAAUGAGGAUUAAACUUGAAGAUUACAAAGCAACAAAACAACUACU